GUAAAAGAGGCGGGGUCCCAACGUUGAUACUUCUGUUCAAUAAUCCUAGUACCUUAUCUACAGGUAUAUAAUAUUAUAUAGAUAUUCCCAUUGCCUCACAUACAAAUACCUCACCAGUGCAUUAUUUACAGACAAAUAUUAUUAUAAAGAGGAUCCCUCUGCCUUACACACACAGCCUCCUUCCAGAAGUUCCAAUACUUUAUCCUCGAGUAGCAGCUAGAUCCCAUGCAGCAAAAGGACCGUGAACUCCCAGAAGCCACGUGACUGCAGUGACCUCAUCUGUCCUUUUACCGGACUGGAUCUAGCUACUACCAGGUGUCACAUUUAUAGCAUCUGACUCAGUCACUGACAAAGAACAAGAUGAACACAUGCAGGAAGCUGAUGGCAGAGCAGUUCCUGAGUCAGGCCCUGGGCAUCAUCUGCCUGCUGACCGGAGAGGAAUACAUUAUUGUGAAGAAGAGGCCCUCCCACAGCAGCAUACAACAGCUGAGCGGAGAGGUGCCUAUAAAGUGUGAUGAUGUUGCUGUGUAUUUCUCUAUGGAGGAGUGGGAGUAUAUAGAGGGACACAAGGAGCUUUAUAAGGACGUCAUGAUGGAGACUCACCAAGCACUAAGGACUAUGGAGAUCCCAGGAAAUGAGAGCUUAGAAUUAACAGGUCACAGAGAUAAAAAUCUAUACACAGGAGCACAUAGAGAACUUGUACAGAAUAUUCAGCCAGUGGAGACCCCAUCAGACGUCUCUGCAGAACUAACAGGACACAGUGAUGAAAAUCUAGACACAGGAGCUACUGAACUUGUACAGAUUAUUCAGACAUCAGAUGUCUCUGCAGAUGUAAACAAUGCCAAAAUUGUAUGUAACACGGAACAAACAGAAGAUCAGUGGCUAAGUAAUAUGACAGAAGCUGCAGAGCAGGGAAUAUGUGACAAUAUAAGUACAGGUGAAAAAGAUGCUAAGAUUUCAUGUAACACAGAACAAACAGAAGAUCAGUGGCUAAGAAAUAUGCCAGAAUCAGCAGAGCAGGAAAUAUGUGACAAUAUAAAUACAGUUGAAAAAGAUGCUAAGAUUUCAUGUAACACAGAAGAUCAGUGGCUAAGUAAUAUGCCAGAAGCGGCAGAGCAGGAAAUAUGUGACAAUAUAAAUACAGGUGAAUUCACAAACCACAAUAAUCCUAGUCAUGAUCAGAGUGCAGAUGCUUCUUUAAAUCUUCAUCAAAGAAGCCAAGUGGGAAAUUUAUGUUCUGAAUGUGGGAAAUAUUUUCUCAAGAAAUCACAUCUUUAUAGACAUCUGAAAGAUCAUAAAGGAGAAAAUCCAUUUUCCUGUUCUAUAUGUGGGACAUGUUUUAACCGUAAAGGAAAUCUUGUUGUUCAUCAGAAAAUUCAUACAGGAGAAAAAAAAAAGUCAUGUUCUGUAUGUGGGAAAUGUUUUACUCGGAAGUCGUAUCUUAUUACGCAUCAGAAAAUUCAUUCAGGAGAGAGAGCAUUUUCAUGUUCUGACUGUGGGAAAUGUUUUACUCAGAAACCAUAUCUUAUUGAUCAUCAGAAAAGUCAUACAGGAGAGAGAGCAUUUUCAUGUUCUGACUGUGGGAAAUGUUUUACUUGGAAACCACAUCUUAUUCGUCAUCAGAAAAUUCAUACAGGUGAGAGAGCAUUUUCAUGUUCUGAGUGUGGUAAAUGUUUUACUCAGAAAUCAAAUCUUAUUAUGCAUCAGAAAAUUCAUACAGGAGAGAGAGCAUUUUCAUGUUCUGACUGUGGGAAAUGUUUUACUCAGAAAUCAAAUCUUAUUACGCAUCAGAAAAUUCAUACAGGAGAGAGAGCAUUUUCAUGUUCUGACUGUGGGAAAUGUUUUACUUGGAAACCACAUCUUAUUACGCAUCAGAAAAUUCAUACAGGUGAGAAAGCAUUUUCAUGUUCUGAGUGUGGUAAAUGUUUUACUCAGAAAUCAAAUCUUAUUACGCAUCAGAAAAUUCAUACAGGAGAGAGAGCAUUUUCAUGUUCUGACUGUGGGAAAUGUUUUACUCUAAAAUCACAUCUCAUUGAUCAUCAGAAAAUUCAUACAGGAGAGAGAGCAUUUUCAUGUUCUGAGUGUGGGAAAUGUUUUACUCGGAAACCACAUCUUAUUCGUCAUCAGAAAAUUCAUACAAGAGAGAGAGCAUUUUCAUGUUCUGAGUGUGGGAAAUGUUUUACUCAGAAAUCAAAUCUUAUUACGCAUCAGAAAAUUCAUACAGGAGAGAGAGCAUUUUCAUGUUCUGACUGUGGAAAAUGUUUUACUCGGAAACCACAUCUUAUUCGUCAUCAGAAAAUUCAUACAGGAGAGAGAGCAUUUUCAUGUUCUGAGUGUGGGAAAUAUUUUACUCUAAAGUCAAAUCUUACUAAGCAUCAGAAAAGUCAUAUUAAAGGAAAUAAGAACAUAACCACUUAAAGGACCUCUCAUUGCAGAAGAAUUGCAUAAUUAACAAGUGCAUAAUAAAAAGACAAUGAUUUAACACCUACUCUGAAUUUCAAAUAAGCAGUUGAUUUUCUUCUGACAAAUUAAUUUUUCUCCCAUUUUCCGGCACCCUGUAUCAUGUGACAGACAUCAGCCAAUCACAGACUGGUAUGCGUAAACCCUGUGAGCUUGUGCACAUGCUCAGUAGGAUCUUGUUCCCCAGAAAGUGUGAAGAUAAUUUGAUAAUGGAAGUACAUUGUAAAGUGUCUUUAAACAUUUAUGAUUCAGAAAGAGCAUGCAGUUUUUUUUUUACUUGAGUUUCCCUUUAAGAGAAGAGUGGCAUGUAGUUAUCACCCACACAAUACCUAGUAAUGAUAAUGACUACAUGUUAUCCUUGGGGGGGGCGCUUUUGAAGUAGUUUGAGGCUCCUUCUGCACUGCAAGAAUUUACUAGGUGGCUUACUGUAUUUGUCAUACCUGGGGGCAUCAUGAGUCCCUAAAUUGGUUUUAAUAGCCAAGUGAUCACAUGGCACAAAUAAAAUGCCCUGUUGAUGAAGCCGUCUUUGCAAUUUAGGUACUGUUGAAGGCAUUCUAGUCAGUUUAUCACUGAGGUGACAGAGUUCGGAAUUUAAAUUGACCAGUUGUUUAGGAUAUGCCCCUAUGUUAUUAUAAAAAAUGCAAAAGCCCUUGUCUGGAAUAGGAGUGACCCCCUUGUUGCAUACAAUGAUAACACUACAUUUUUUUUUUAAUUUUUGAUGUUUAAUUGCAAAAUUAUAUAUUAUAAAUAUAUUCUCUAUUUAUGCUAUGAUCCAGAACAGUUUUGACUAGAGUUGAGAAAAAAAAACAACUAUUUUUACACUGUAUUGUUUAUGACCUUGUUUAUUAAAAUGGUUAUAAAAACAAAAA